AUGUUAUCUCCAAUAAUGGAUAGAGAUGAACAACAAUUAAAACCGACAAAUGAAAUUGUUAAACUUGUACUUAAUUCAAAUUCAUCAUUAACUACAAAUACUAAUCCAAUACAAGUUGAAAUUCAAAUGCCUGUACAUUUAGAAAAAGUUUAUAUGUAUGAAGCUGAAACUCAAACAUCAUAUGAUGAUAAUAAAAAUAAUAUUUCAGAUUUAUUAAGUAAAGAAGCAGGUGAUGAAGCUCGUUUAACAGGUUCAAAUAAAUAUGGUUUAUUAUCAUUAGAUGAAUAUCAAAUAAUGCGUACAGGUGAAGAACAUUGUUUAAAAAAAUAUUUUUCGGAUGAUGAUAUUAGUCUAACAGAUGAAGAAAUUAUUGUAGAAAAACAAAUGAAAGAUAUGAAUUUAGAUGAAGAUCGAACAGUUCUAAUUGAAAAUUUAAAUAAUAAUGCAUCAACUAUUUUACAUACAUCACAUUCUAAUUUAUCAAAUACAUUAUUAAUUGAUGAUACAACACAUUUAUCAGCAACAUUAGCACAAUCAACAUCAUCACGUAUAUCUCAUAGUCGAUAUAUACAAACUUUUAAAGAUGAUGUUGAUGAUGAUGAUGAAGAACUUGAUCAACUUAUUGCAUCAACAUUUACACCUAUUAUUGAACAUGAACAAAUUUUAUCAACAACAAAUAAAAUAUAUUCAAAUCAGAAAAAUUUAUCAUCCAUACGUUGUUUUGUUCGUCAAGCAAUUGAUUCAUGUCGUCAAAAUUUAACAUUAGUUGAUCAAUUACUUGAAAAUAUUCCAUUAUCAUCAUAUGAACAUAUACUUCAACGAAAAGUUCAUCGUACAAAUUGUAUUGUUAAUAUUCCAAAUACAAUUAAAGGACUUCAAUAUUAUCCAUCAACAAGUGUUCAAACUGAAUAA